GCUCGCCCCUCCCAGGCAAGGGCUAGCCGCUCUGCCACGCCCCUCCGGCUCUUGUCAGCUGCUGCCUUCGGAGCGUGUUGCUGAGCGGGUGGCGCUUCUGGAGUAGGAGGGAAGAGAACGGAUCUGCUCCGGGUAGUUCUCUCUCGGCGUUAGUCUUCUUCGGAGAAAACGAGACGAAAUCCCGCCCGCGCAGGCCAUUCCCUUACUUCGAUGCUCAAUUUGCCUGCAUGAUUUAUCACUGUAAUAGAAGAUGCCUGCAUGGAUCGGAUCACAGUUAUCUUGCGACUUGUUGAGUGGGCACUGGUACUAUACAUACAUUUAAAAAAAUUAAUGCAAUGCUGGUCACACAGCACCAGAUUACAGUUUAAUUCUGACCUAAGAAGUAAAGGAUAACUGUCAUCACAGGGUGGCUCAGUAUGCCGACUCUUUUAUGGAAGGUUGUCUUUGCAUAUUAGGCCUCUUCUUUUUAUUUUACAACACACACAAAAAUGUCGGAACUCAACCCUACAUCUGGAUUAAUAGAAAAUAUGGAAAAUGGAACUUUUCUGGAGCUGUAUCCAACCUCUCUCUCAACAUCCAUGGAUUCCUCUUCCGGACACAUGUCUAAUGUCUACGUCUAUGUCUCAAUAUUCCUCAGCCUCUUGGCAUUUCUUCUUUUGCUAUUAAUCAUUGCGCUUCAGAGGCUGAAGAACAUAAUCUCCUCCAGUUCUUCCUACCCAGAAUACACCAGUGAUGCUGGGAGUUCCUUCACUAACUUAGAAGUUUGUAGUAUUUCUUCCCAGGGGUCUGCUUUUUCAACCCUUUCCUCAUGAAAAUAAAUGAAAGGGAAUACAUUGGGGAUGGAACAACUUUGUUUAACUCUUGGGGGGAAGUUAUGCAUGCAAGAUUUUCUUUGGAGGACUAUUAGUCAUAAAAGAGGCUCACUUUGAUUUUUCUUUCUCUUUUUAGUCUAUAUUUCUCCUCUUUAUUAAUGAUAUUUUUCAUCUCUGAGCAGAGAAAUUGACUAUGGCCUCCUGCCUGACCAUAGCUUCCUGCUUGUAUUAGUUUUGUAGCCUUAUAGCAUUUGCCCAAGCCACUGAAAGUGGGUAUUUAAACUGAUCAAUGGGGAUAUCCUGCUUACCUGGAUUUGUCACCUAUGGUUUUCUGUACUCAGAGCUUUAGGGCUUUAAAUUGCCUUCCUCAGAAACACCAUGAUAUUACACAAACUAGAUUCCUUGGUUCAUUGAAAGUUACUUUGUCUCACCAUGAAAAGAAUUCAUUGUACCGUAGUUCUAGAGUUUAAAACAAUUUCAAGAAAACACAGCUGAUAUACAUUUUAGUUCAAAAUUGUUUUGCUGAGAUUUGCUUGUAUGUUUUCCUGUAUACACUCACCUGUGUUGUCUGAAAUGCUUGUU